AACACUCUUCUAGAUAAGCUGUUGUGGUGUUGUCUAUAUCUGUUUAGUCUAGCGCACUCAGUCUCCCUUCUACCUACACAACAUCUCGACUCUCUACUGCCUGCCAAGCUUUGCUGCGUCUAUAACACACUACAUCUAGCCGGCAGACAUUGAAGUGGGCAAUUGUCCGCCUAAGAUAUCGUCAUGAGACGCAAUUCGUUUGCGAGGACAUCCAGUCCUUCUAGCAGUGAAGACCAUACAUCAUCCCUUCCGCCCUUUCCAAGCCGGCAGCUGCUCGUGCUAGCUAUCUGCCGAAUUUGUGAACCAAUUGCCUUUAUGGGAAUCUUCCCAUAUGUGUAUUUCAUGAUAGAAGACUUCCAUGUCACCGAUGAUGCCAACAGGAUUUCCUUCUACGCUGGUCUGGUCACCUCGGCUUUUACUUUCGCUGAGUUCUCGACUGGUAUCCUGUGGGGAAGAUUGAGUGACAAGAUCGGAAGGAAACCAGUGCUCCUGACUGGUCUGGCGGGCACCGCGUUGAGUGUUCUCGUGUUCGGCUUUGCCCCUAACCUCACUGUCGCUCUGCUUGCUCGAGCAAUCGGCGGACUCCUAAAUGGGAACCAAGGCGUAUUACAAAGCACGGUGGCAGAGCUUGUCACUGCUAAGGAGCAUCAACCUCGGGCUUACACAAUUAUGCCCGUUGUAUGGUGUCUUGGAUCCAUCAUCGGACCUAUGAUUGGAGGUGCAUUGGCACGCCCAUGCAUCAGCUAUCCGCAACUUUUCUCGCCUGGCACAAUCUGGGAUCGAUAUCCAUACUUGCUCCCCAACCUCUUCAGUGCCUUUAUCGUGCUAGUUGGAGUCAUCAAUGGCUUCCUGUUUCUCGAGGAGACGCACGUUCAGAAGAAAAUGCAACGGGAUCCGGGGCUGGAAUUAGGCGAUUGGAUUCUCUCCAAAUUGACGGGUAUCCGGAAGUGUGCCGAGCCACGUGAUGAGAAAUCAAAGUUCUCAGACCGCGAUGAGAUACGGCCACUGCUUGAUCACGAUGAACAGCUACCGACAUAUCAAACGAACGAGAACACGCCAGUCAAUUCACCUCGUCUUAGAUCUGCCUCAGUGACAACGAUUGCGAAAGAUCCGCUCGACCUAACCCAGUCGAAAGACAACUUGGGUAUGGGUAUCUCGCAGACAUUUACUCGGCCAGUGGUUCUCAACAUCAUCUCCUUCGGUAUCUUAGCCUUCCACACCAUGACCUUCGAUCAACUGUUACCAGUAUUUCUAGCAACAGCGCCGCCCAAAGACGAAGUGGAACCUUCUCUCCCCUUUAAAUUUGUAGAUGGGUUCAACCUGGACUCGAAAACCGUGGGCAUCAUCCUCAGCAUUCAGGGCGUAUACCAACUGCUCCUAAACACGGUCGUGGUCCCAAAAGUCUUGAGGCGUUUCGGGGCCCUACGAUCAUUCCGUUUCAUCGUUGUGGCAUAUUUCCUGCUGUACCUGGUAACACCAUACCUCGUCCUCCUCCCCUCAGCAUACCGUAUGGUCGGGCUGGCUGUGGUGUUAGUAUGGAAGUGCACGUUUGCCACUGUUGUCUACCCAAGCAACGCGAUUCUCACUGCUGAUUCGGCGCCCAGUCGCCUGGCACUUGGUACAAUCAAUGGCGUCGCAGCCUCGACAGCUAGCUUGUGUCGCGCUUUCGGACCAACAAUCUCGGGUAUUCUCUACUCUGUUGGACUCCAGUCUGGUUACUCCGGGCUGGCAUGGUGGUUUACGGCCGUCGUCGCGAUUGGCGGUGCCGUGGCUGGGCUUAUGAUUCCAGACCCUUCUAGGUCCCCAGCCUGCAGCGACAACGUUAACGCCCACGAUCGCGAUUUGGAGAUUGCCGAGCAGGAUCGAGCUUGACAUGGCGCACACUCGUGACAGAAUGCAUAGAAUUGGUUUCAUAUUAGCGGUCUACUUUUCAUUUUCCUUUUUCCCAAAAACAGGAUUCCCUUGGCGUAUUAUAGACUUGGUACAUCAUCUCUCGGCGCAUCUCACGUUAUUCCCACAGGUUUGGUCGCGGCUCUCUCGUCCCUGACAACUUAAACUGCGACCAAAGUUUCGAAUUAUUUUCCAUCACUUUCUCCUGUCUUGAGCAUGAUCAUGUUUAUCUUUCGCGAUACCCUUCUCGCGUUUCGCGUUUACGAACAGCUUGUUUGCGUUUGGUUUGCUUCAUCUCGAAACGGACGGAUUUUGGUUCAUCACGUGCAAUUAAAUAGACUGGGCGGGGCAACUGGAUAACAUGAAUAUUUGUAUACUCUCUCUGGGUUUAUGUUUGUUCUGCUGUUUCUAUAUCUUCAUUUCUUCUCAUGGAAUCGCUGGAAGGGGCAACAAGGGUACAAAU